GCCAAUUUACUCUACAGGCAAAAAAAAGCUGAAACAUAGGAAGAAAACAGACAAAUAGAAGUUACUUUCCUAAUUAGCUGAAUGUCUGAAGAUAUAAGGCAGUGUACACUGUUGUAUUUACCUGUCUCCAAAGAUAACAGACGGGUCAGAAAUAAAAAAAAACAGGCAGGAGGUUGAGUUAUGCAAACGCCUGUCUUUUCCGACGAAAUGAGAAGGCGGAUGAGGACUUUAAAUUAGCUAGUUAGCAAGCUCACGGUUUUCUUCGUUUAGCAAGGUUUGUGUGAUUAUUACUCUCUUUAUCAGAGAACUAUAGAGACAGUAAUCACGGCAGUUGUCUGUAAAUACGUGCCCAGAAUUGUCAUUCAUUGACCGCCUCGGGGCUCUCCCCCGGCCGGCGACAAGCAUGGCAGGAAAUCCGAGGAGGGGCGCAGGUCUCAUCGGCUUGAUGAAGGACGCAUUUCAGCCCCAUCACCAGCCUCUCCAGCCUCACCAACCUGCAGUGGUAGACAAGAAAAUGGUGGAGAAAUGCUGGAAACUUAUGGAUAAGGUGGUGCGUCUGUGCCAGAACCCUAAGGUGGCCCUGAAGAACAGCCCCCCAUACAUCCUGGACCUACUGCCAGACACCUACCAGCACCUCCGCACCAUACUGUCACGCUACGAGGGCAAGAUAGAGACGCUCGGGGAGAAUGAGUACUUCCGGGUGGUGAUGGAGAACCUGACCAAUAAGAUCAAGCAGACCAUGAGCUUGUUCAAGGAGGCCAAGGAGCGCAUGUAUGAGGAGAACUCUCAACCCAGGCGGAACUUGACCAAGCUGUCGCUGAUAUUCAGCCACAUGCUGGCUGAGCUAAAAGCCAUCUUUCCCAAUGGCCUAUUCCAAGGAGACAACUUCCGCAUCACCAAAGCCGACGCCGCCGAGUUCUGGAGGAGGUCUUUUGGUGACAAGACCAUUGUUCCAUGGAGGAUGUUCCGGCAGGCUCUUCAUGAGUUCCACCCCAUCAGCUCAGGCCUGGAGGCCAUGGCUCUGAAGUCUACCAUCGACCUCACAUGCAACGACUACAUCUCCGUCUUCGAGUUUGACAUCUUCACCAGGCUCUUCCAGCCGUGGUCAUCUCUCCUGAGGAAUUGGAACAGCCUGGCUGUCACACACCCGGGGUAUAUGGCCUUCCUCACCUAUGACGAGGUUAAGGCCCGACUUCAAAGGUUCAUCCACAAGCCUGGCAGUUAUAUCUUCAGACUGAGUUGCACUCGGCUGGGCCAGUGGGCCGUUGGCUACGUCACUGCAGAUGGGAACAUUCUGCAGACCAUCCCCCACAACAAGCCCCUCUUUCAGGCCCUCAUUGAUGGAUUCAGGGAGGGAUUCUACCUGUUCCCGGAUGGCCGGGCCCAGAACCCAGACCUCACAGGGCUGUGUGAGCCCUCCCCACAGGACCACAUCAAAGUCACACAGGAGCAGUACGAGCUCUACUGUGAGAUGGGCUCCACAUUCCAGCUGUGUAAGAUCUGUGCCGAGAAUGACAAGGAUGUAAAGAUAGAGCCCUGCAGCCACCUCAUGUGUACCUCCUGUCUCACUGCCUGGCAGGAAUCGGAGGGGCAGGGCUGUCCGUUCUGCCGCUGUGAGAUUAAAGGCACAGAGCCCAUCGUGGUAGACCCCUUCCACCCCAAGAACAGCAGCAGCGGGGCCAGCUUCCAGGGGCCCUACGGGGUGGAAGGAGGGGGCUCCCUGUCAGUCUCCCUCAGCAACGACGAGGACGAUGACGAGCGCCUGGAGGAUCCCCACCUCAUCAUGAGCAGGCUGGCCUGCACCAAGGUGGAGCGCCCGCCCUCCCCUGUGACGCCGCUGCCCCCUGUGCCCCCCAGGCUGGACCUGCUGCAGCAGAGGCCCCCCACCUCCCCAGGGGCCCCGGGCCAAGGAGCAACAACCAAGAUUGCAGCCCUCCACAGAGACAAACCUUUGCCCCUCCCUCCUGCCCUGCGAGAGUUACCCCCACCUCCUCCACCCGAACGCCCUUCUCCCCUUGGACCCCCAGAGGGCCGGCUCCAAAGGAGACCUCUGCCAUGCACCCCUCCAGAGCCCAACUGGGCCUCCAACUACAUGGUUCCCCGGCACGUAGCCAAGGCCCCCCCACAGACCAACGGACCCAGUGACAGUGACUGCAUCCACAGAGCAAAGCCGCUAGCAGUGACCAACGCUAUCUACUCCCUGGCAGUCGGGCCUCAACAGGAGACUACUGGUGAGAAGUCAUCUGGGAGUGAUGAGGAGAAUGAGUACAUGAGCCCCACCUCUCUCCCUGCAGCAGGACCCUCCUGGGCCAUGGCGGGUGCUGUCGUGCCCGCACCACCACCGCUCCAACCCACUAACCACGACUCACGGACUGUGGUGUGUGAUGUGGACUGUGAGGACCCUCAGGUGUAUGAGUCCAUGUGUAACAUCCAGGCCCAGGCUAGUGCUACUGAGCCCCUCCCUCUGCCCUCCCUGCCCCAGCAGCCACCAGAGUCAGACUACCUCAUCCCUCCCCCUGCGGUUUCCCUGCACCAUAUGGUAGAGGAGAUGGAGGAUGAGUAUGAUUACCCCAGGCUCCCCCAGGCUCCCCCAGCACCCGCCAGGCGCACCCUCUCUGAUGUCACCGGCACCUCGGCCGCCUUCAGCUGCCUAUCAAUGGACAGCCCUAACAUAGAUGCAUCUACGUUUUCAUCAGGUCAGGACCCCGAGCGCCCCCCUAAGCCCCUCCCACGCCGGGUCAACUCAGACCAACGGCCCCGCCCCCUUACCCCAGAAGCCCUGCCCCCUGCCGCCAGUCUGUCAGCUGGCUCCCGAGGGGGGCCCGUUCCCAGUGUGGCGCUACCCAUCAACGGGGAGAUAGAGCAUCUGAUGAGCCAGGGCUACUCAUUCCAGGACAUCCAGAAGGCCCUGAUGAUCGCCCAGAACAACCUGGAGACGGCUAAGAACAUCCUGCGCGAGUUUGUGUCCAUCCCCUCCACGGCCCACAUCCUCACAUAGCAGCCUCAACACCACACCCUAUAUACUUUACUCACUGUGCCAUAAUGGAUAGCAUUUCUACUGUGCUGGUUGUGACAGGUCUGGAAGUGCUGUAAAUUGUAAGGGGAAGAGGACUCGGUCCUAUGCAUAGGCAUCUAAGUGAGAAAAUCUAAAGGAAGAGGGAGAAUGCUUGACGUGGCCUCUGUAUGGCCAAGCCUUUGACCCUUGUAUGGGCGUUUGUGCUUGCCUCCAGUCUUAUUGUGUGGCUCUAAGCAUUUCCUUGUUUCUGAGUGCAAGGUAGAGUAAGCCGAAAUUCACACUGUGUGCUUAGGCUGCAGGAAGGAAUAGUUAUGGACUUAUUGUGCAGCAGCAGUAACUGUUGUUGGGGCAAACUUGACUCAUGAUUCCCACUCCCACCCAUGUUAGUUUUGAUUGGGUCAUAGUCGUACAUACAGUUUGUAGCUAGAUACGCCAGGUGGAGACUAAAGCAUUUGAUUCUGUGGUUUGUGCUAAAGCCAAUGAAUGUGAAUAUUUUAGUUGGAUUGCAGUGUUACAGGGCUCCAAGUCAUACAUUUCACUGUAAUUGCAGUAACUAUUUUUAAAAAGUAAGCAUAACUCCAAAUUGCUUUAGUUCCUGGUUUAGUGAUCGUCUUAUAAUAUAUAAGCCUGAAUGACGUGUAUGUAAUCUCAGAAUGUAUUCAAUGUAGUGCUAACAUUGACUGGUGAACUAAUGUAACAUUUCUGAUGUCAUUAUUUUGUAUAAUUGUAUUAAUACCACCAGUGGUAGUGGUUUCACGGUUAAGCCUUAUUGUUAGUUCUGUGAAUAGCUUAUAUAUUUUAAAGUGAGUGUCCUUUUUUUAAUGUCAUACUUAAAAAUGAAGGGAGUAUAUGUGCCCUAUCUCAAUUUUGCUCUCUGCUAAUCAGUGUGCAAUUGGACUGCUGCUUGUAAGGGUUUGUUUUUUUGUAUCCAUACUAUUCAUUUUCCAGACAAUAAUAUAUUGAUUGGGCAGAGAAGACAAAGUGAUCCAAGUCAUGUAUACACCAUGAUAUUUAGUGAAAUGAAGUACUUAAUUGGCACUACCUCAGACUUGUUUUGCUGCCGCCUCUGGGAAAGAACACUUUGUACAACGUUCUUGUUUAUACGUUACAAACAGAGUAUGGCCCCAUCUUAAGGUGGCUCAGUAAUGUAUUUUCUUUGUACCUACUUUGAUUAGGAUUGUUUUUUUUCUCCCAAGGAUGUGGGUUUGACACAUUUUGAGAAAUCUGUUAAUAUAUGAAUAAUUUAAAUCUCUUUCCUUUUGAAUUUGAAACCCCGUUGAACACAGGGAGUUUGUCAUUGUCCUCUGGACUCAGGUACAACAGACUGAACAAUGUGCAGUAAUAUGCCAAGGUUAUUUGGGGACUCACACCAAAAAUGUUAGGUGUUAAUGUGUUGGAUUCAAAGCCAAAAGCAUUUAAUAACAGGUUUAAAUCACAUUAUUAGUUGUAGAUACUUCUAGUUGUAAAGAAUGGCCAUGAUAUUUCUGCAUCUGUUUGUUUCGCUUGAGUUCAAUACUGUUUUAACUUCUUUGAAAUUAUGAUGUACUUUGACUGCAAUUCCUUGAUCAUCAACUUAAGUGCCACUCCUUGUAAAAUCAUUUGAGAAUUGACUUCAGGCCUCUGCUUUCCACUGUGUCGCUCAUAUGUGGACUCACCACAAGAGGACACUCUGUCAUAAGAGAUUGCUGUGGUUUCAUACGCCACACUAGUCAUUGCUCAAUAGUUGCAGAAUUUACUGGUGUACAGAAGCACAGUUGGUGCUUUGUCUUUCGAUCGAAGAUAACAUUGUUGCCUCACCUGUACAUACAGAGAGAACUAACAAAAUCAUUGCCUUAUUGCAUGUGUAGUUAAAGUAUUUUAUUUAUUCAUUUUAAUGUACUCAGCAUUCGUUAUGUUGCCAUGUGUUCAUGCCUCAGCCAUUAAAGAUUUUCAAAUAAACAAUAUUUUCUUUAA